AUGCCUCAUGGUAACCCCUCACCCGCCUUCCAUAGCCUGUCCAGCACUGUUGGCGUCACCAACAAGUUGCCCAUCCGCACGUACCCACCUUGCACUCGUCCACCCGCAUCAAUCACACCCCCUGCACACCUUAUCCCCCUCUUCCCUCGUACGCAGAGCCAGCGAGGAUGGCAAGAAGCCAUCCACCACGAGCAUGGGCAAGCGACCAUGGAGGUGACUUGGGCAGGAAAACCACGGGCCAGCCAGAACAAUGACGAAUGGCAAGCGCAAGCGAGUGAUGAGGACGACACAGCGAGGACACCGAGGAGCCGGCCAGCAUGGGUACCCGCAACCAAGGACGACAAUGGCGAUGGCAGGCGAGGGACGAUGACAACGGUGGCUGGCGAGGGACAACGACAACAACGAGGGAGGACAAUGAGGAUGAUGGCAGCGAGGUGA